GGGUCAAAUACAGAGGCCCAAGUGUUUUGUGAGGCCCAUUUUCCAAGAUCUUUGGAUCGUCAGCCAUGGCUCUUCGCUUUGCGGCAAGGAAAGCUCUCUCCUCUUCAGCUCCGUUGGUUCAGAAAUCGAGGACUGCCGGGGAAUCCAUCGUUCUCCGUGGAAGAUGGGCGUCCUCUUCAUCCUCGUCGUCGGAUCCUUCUUCUCCCAAGCCCAAUAAGAAAGUGACCCAUGAUCGCCUCGCCUCCGUAAUCGACGCCGUCAACGACCGUAAGCUCCCGCCGGAGCUCCGUGGACAACGUAACAACGUCAGAUCAGAAACUGACAUUAUAAAUGUCGUUGAGCAACGAGUAUGGCAUGCCAUGGAAGAAGGUCAAUUUGAGAACUUGCCCGGGAAAGGGAAGCCCUUGGACCUUAGCAGUAACCCUCAUGCGGACCCGGCUGAAGACACCUUGUAUAGGAUUCUUAACAAAAACGGGUGUGCACCAGAGUGGGUUGAACUUAACAAGGAGAUAAGGAAUAGCAUUGCUGGCUGGCGAUUAGCACUUAGGAAAGCUUGGAUGUAUAAAGGUGGGCGUGAUGAUUCCAAAUGGCUUGAGUUGUCAGAGGUGUUAAAACUGCAGCUGCGUGACCUAAACAAUAAGGUACUUCAUUACAACCUCAUUGUUCCCUUUGGCCGGCAGAUGUUUGGAUUCAAGUGGGAAAGAGAAAUAGAUCGGCUGAAUGAGGAAAUUCAGAUGGAUAAAUGACAUACCCAUUUCUUCUCGGUUGUGUGCUUAUUUCGAGUUCCGCUAUGUCAUUUUUGCCUAUCCUGACAUUUUAGAAAUUAAACAUUUAAGCAACUUCCACCUAUCAUUUAGAAUGGAGCAGCGGUGGUUAUGUUUCAUUUGCGCAUGAGCUAUCUGAUGACACAUUCCUUGUAAGUGUACAAUCCUUGUUGGCCUGUUUAAUCUUUUUAAGUCUUGCACAGCAGCUCAGAUCGUGUUCGGAUACAGCAAUUGACCACCCGUAAAUUUGAGCUGCUUGAAAAUCAUGGACGCCAAAAGGAGUUAUAGAUUCAUAGGUGGGUUUCAGAUGGCUGCUGGAGGAGUAAAUGUGUGGCAGAUCUUCUUGUAUCUGCUGUAAUAUCAAGCAGCUGCCUGUGCAGGGCUUCGGAUACGUCGUCUUUUUCAUUCUUUGCUUCUGAAAGAUACAAAAGAAACUGUUCAUACUCGUGUAAGCAAAGAAUGAAAUUACGCAGUUAAAAAAUUACAUUUUAUA